CUACAAUAUAUCUCUCACACAAGUAUCUUUUUCUGGCCAAUCCCUUAAUCAUUCCGUUCCCACAUCCGCCAUUUCUCUGCCGUCUGCUUCGUGCACCUGCCCGUCUCCUCCAGCCUCCUGCCCGUCGUCCUCCGACCUCUCUCCAUCUCAGGGACCGCGCCGCCAUGUCAAGCCUCAAGCGGAAGGCCGGCGCCCAGGCCGGCGCCGACGCGAAAAAGCCCAAGCAGAACGGCAGCCUCAUGUCCUUCUUUGGCGUUCCGAAGGGGGCGGCUAAGGGCACCACGAACGGCGGCGGUGCGGGGCCGUCGGCACCCGCCCUGCUGAAGUUUGACAAGCAGAAAUGGGUGGCCGGCCUGACGGACGAGCAGCGAAAGCUGCUCAAGUUGGAGAUCGACACCCUGCACGAUAGCUGGCUGGCCCUUCUCAAGGAUGAAAUCGUGACCAAGGAGUUCCUUGAGCUGAAGAGGUUCCUGACACGCGAGACAGCGGCCGGGAAGAAGUGGUUCCCGCCAGAGGAGGACGUCUACAGUUGGUCCCGCCACACGCCCUUCAACACCGUCAAAGUGGUCAUUCUCGGCCAAGACCCUUACCACAACGUCAACCAAGCACACGGUCUCGCAUUCUCCGUGCGGCCGCCGACGGAGGCGCCGCCCUCGCUGCGCAACAUGUACAUCUGCCUCAAGAACGACUACCCCUCGUUCGCGGCGCCGGCCAAGAAGGGCGGCCUGCUGACGCCGUGGGCGGACCGCGGCGUCCUGAUGCUCAACACGUGCCUGACGGUGCGGGCGCGCGAGGCCAACAGCCACGCCAACCGCGGCUGGGAGCGCUUCACGCAGCGCGUCAUCGACCUGGUGGCGGCGCGGCGGGCGCGCGGCGUCGUCUUCGUGGCCUGGGGCACGCCGGCCGGGAAGCGCGUGACAAAGGUCGACGCCUCGAGGCACCUCGUGCUCAGGAGCGUCCACCCCAGCCCACUGAGCGCCCACAGGGGGUUCUUUGAGUGCGGCCACUUCAGGGCGGCGAACAAGUGGCUCGUCGAGAGGUACGGCGCCCAGGGCGAGAUCGACUGGGCGCUGACCGAGGGGACGAGCACGCUGGAGCACGGGGCGGCUGGCGUGGGAAAUGGGGACGUUGAGAAGAAGAUGGUCGGGGCUGUUGCCAAGACAGAGGCUGCUGCUGAGGAGAAGGUCAAGGCGGUGGGGACGGAGGGGAACGCCAAGGUCGAGGCUGUUGCUAAGACGGAGGUUGUGGAUGAAGAGAAGCUCAAGUUGGUGGCGACUGAGGGCGAUGAGAAUGCCAAGCCCGAAGUUGAGGCUUGACGGCAGACAGCAGACCACUCACCAUGAUAGCUUUCUUGUUCCCUAGGGUCUAUGAUUGAUUGCUCAGGGCUGACGAGGCGCCGGCGUUUUCUGCGUUUUAAAGAAGAGUUU